AUGACUCACACCUACAGCCAGCGCUCUCUUCUCGUGCUGUCUCUGCUAGGGAUCUUAUCGGCCAUCAUGUCCGUUUUGUCGGUCAUUCUGAUUUUCCAGCUUCAGUCACAACACGGUGCAGGGAAGGACUCCUCUCCCCCUGCGACCUCCGUCGUGCCGAGCCAUGUCUGGGUAGUGCUGCUGCCUCUGUGCACGGUGCUCUCUGCCCUGUCCCUGACGCUCAGUUUGAGCUCCGUGGUAGUUUGUCUCCUCCACAGCUACUUUUCAACUGAGAUCUGCAAAGGGGAACAGUUAACGGACAGAGCAGACUGGUUCCUGCUGGACAGCAGAGCUGUGAGACAUGUGGCUAUUGGACUGUUCUGCCUUGGGGUUUCGGUGUACCUGGCAGCUAUGUCCAUCUAUAUGCUUCUGAUAUUUGAGGUGGAGACAGGUAUCGCCAGUGCAUGUGUCCUGUCCUCUGGGAUCCUAGUCCUUCUGGUCAUUUUGACCCACUCUCUAGUUAAAGUGUCCCACAGCACCAGGCACAAUGAUGGCCCCGAUACCCUGUUCCGAAAUGAAUACAGAAGCAGUAGCACCCCCCUCUCCCGACCAUGUGAACUCAAACUUGGAGUGGACCAACCCCGACUACAUCACAGUCAGUCUCACCUCCACCGUCAGAUCUCCUUUCCUCCAUGUGCAAACCCGAAACAGCGGGAUCAACACCACCACCACCAGCCAUACUCUCCUUCUGGAGGGCCUCAGAGCCAGGCUAGUGACAAAGAUGGUUACAGCAGUGGAGGCAGUUCUCGGAUGCAUAGAACCCUGUCUACUGAGUCCGGCCUGCUGCAGGCCCAGACUAAACCCUGGAACGGGGUCAAUAACGAGAUGAGAAGUGUGCUGGCACGCAAAUCGGGGGCUUCCACAAAGGACUCUACUCUAGUGUGA